CUUGUUUAAAGCAAAGCAAGACACAACGAUCGCAAUGGCGCACUCGAAGAAGAAUGUCGCAUUGAUCUUCGGUGCCAGCGGAAUCUCCGGCUGGGCUGUCACCAAAUGCGCUCUUGAAUACCCCACGCCCACCACCUUUGAUCGAGUAAUCGGCUUGACAAACAAACUGUUGCCUUUAGAAAAGAGUGGCUUGCCCCCUGACCCGCGACUGGAGUUGCAUUGCGGAAUUGACCUGAAGAGGGAUCUGGAUGUGGUACUCUCCCAGUUUCAAGAGAAGGUUCCAAACCUGGAAGAUGUGACCCAUGUGUACUAUCUCGCAUAUUCCAAUCCAACUGCAUACUCCGUGGAUGUGAUGGCGAUCAGGGACAUCAACGUGCGAAUGACCUAUAACGCCGUGCACGCGGUCGACCGACUGUGCAAGAAUCUGAAGUUCUUCGUGUUACAAACUGGAACUAAUAACUAUGGCGUCGCUGUGUUUCGCUUUCAAGAACACAUUGAAAUCAAUCCCCCCUUGCGCGAGGACAACCCGCGCAUCCCGUCACCGUGGGGAGACGAGAUCUUUUACUAUGCGCAGGUCGACCUGAUCCGGGAGGCCAAUGUGGGUAAGUCUUGGAAAUGGUGCGAGGUCCGACCAGAUCAGAUUGUCGGGCACGUUCCCCUUCCCACAAGCAUGACAUACGUCGAGCCUCUGGCACUUUACUUGAUGUUGUAUCGCUAUGUGUAUGGCGCCGGUGCCACUGCUGUUUUCCCCGGACCCUACACCAACUACAUCCACACACAUACACCGUCCUCACAAGAUAUCAUCGCUCGCUCAGAGCUCUACCUUUCUAUCGAGAAACCGGACGACGCACACGGAGAGGCAUUCAACACAGCCGACAACGCCACUCCCGCCUCAUGGAGCCUCGUAUGGCCGAAAAUGUGCGAAUACUUUGGCCUCAAUGCUGAAGGCGCAAGCCCCGAGGACAAGGGGUGGAAGGACAUCGACAAGUGGUGGCUCGCACACCAGGAUGACUAUCAGAAGAUGUGUCGAGAGUUUGGAUUGCGACCUCGAGAAAUCUCUGAAGCGACUUGGAUUUUUCUUGCCGCGGGCUUCAGCUUUCUGGGCCGCAACCGUGACCUGAGCUUGGAUAAGAUCCGGAGUAUAGGCUUCACGGAGGAGUAUCCGGUCGCAGAUGGGUAUUUUCGCGUGUUUGACCGUCUAGUUCAGGAAAGCAUUAUUCCCAGCAAGAAAGUCUGGGCUCGAUAG